UGCCGGCCAUAAAAAUGUAAUUUGGUCUGGUUCAAUAGUAGUAUACAACACACACACAAUAAAUGCCUUUGGUCAUUAAUUUGUGAAAGUAAAACUAAACUUUCAAUUCUUGAUCUCCGUCACAACAAACAAACAAGCCACCAUCGUCUCCGUGUUACUCCCGUUUCUCGGAAGAUAACAGAUUCCGACGAACACCUUACGAAACGGGAGCGAUCGUCACCAGAUCCGAUCCAAAUUCAUCUCAAAUUCUCCAUCUGACUGUAUAACAUCAUGUGUAAACCUGAUCUCGUUUCAUUACACCAGUAAUCACUCGUUUGUUGUAUCAUAUCCACAAUAAACACACACACAUACACACACUUGUUACAAAUUUGACCUAAUAAUGGCACGGACCAGAUCUUCAUCGUCGAUCCGGUGGAGAUACUUGAAUCCGGCUUAUUACUUGAAGCGGCCGAAACGUCUUGCCCUACUUUUUGUUGCGUUUGUGUCUAUUUCGUUUUUUGUUUGGGAUCGUCAGACGCUUGUGCGUGAACAUGAGGAGGAGAUCUUAAUGUUGAAAGAAGAAGUGGAACGCUUGCAAAUUGAGCUAGGAGAGUUAAAGCAUGAAGAUGUUGUUUCAGUUAAAAAGACAAAUACCACAACCACAAAAAUCGACAUGAAGAAGAUGGAUGGUCUUGCCACCGAUCCCGUCGAGGCCCAAAGAAGAGAAAAAGUCAAAGACGCGAUGCUUCACGCAUGGACCUCAUAUGAAAAAUAUGCUUGGGGCCACGAUGAGCUUCAGCCCCAAUCAAAGAAUGGCGUGGAUAGCUUUGGUGGUCUUGGUGCGACUUUAAUCGACUCUCUUGAUACCUUAUAUAUCAUGGGCCUAGAUGAGCAGUUUCAAAGGGCUAGAGAGUGGGUUGCAGACUCUUUGGACUUCAACAAAAACUAUGAUGCCAGCGUGUUUGAGACGACCAUAAGAGUUGUGGGUGGACUUCUGAGUGCAUAUGAUUUGUCUGGGGACAGUAUCUUUCUCGAAAAGGCGAAAGACAUAGCUGAUAGGCUACUGCCAGCAUGGAAUACGCCUUCUGGUAUCCCUUAUAACAUUAUCAAUUUGGCUCAUGGUAAUGCACAUAACCCUGGCUGGACAGGGGGUGAUAGUAUACUGGCAGAUUCUGGGACAGAGCAACUAGAGUUUAUUGCACUAUCACAAAGAACCGGAGAUUCAAAGUAUCAACAAAAAGUAGAGAAUGUUAUAACAGUGCUAAAUAAGACUUUCCCUGAUGAUGGAUUGCUCCCUAUUUAUAUAAAUCCCCACAGAGGAACACAUUCACAUUCUACCAUUACUUUUGGAGCCAUGGGAGACAGUUUCUAUGAGUAUCUACUUAAGGUUUGGAUACAAGGAAACAAAACUGCAGAGGUGAAGCAUUAUAGAGAUAUGUGGGAGACAUCAAUGAAAGGUCUAUUGAGCUUGGUCCGCAAGACUGCACCAUCAUCUUUUACUUACAUCUCCGAAAAAAUAGGAAAUUCUUUGAUCGAUAAGAUGGAUGAAUUGGCAUGCUUUGCACCAGGAAUGAUAGCAUUAGGGUCAUCUGGUUAUGGUCCUGAUGAUUCCAGCAAAUUCUUAAAUUUGGCAGAAGAGCUUGCGUGGACAUGCUAUAAUUUCUAUCAGUCUACACCAACAAAGUUGGCCGGAGAAAACUAUUUCUUUCAUUCAGGGCAGGACAUGACCGUGGGUACAUCAUGGAACAUAUUGAGGCCAGAAACAGUCGAGUCGCUUUUUUACCUCUGGCGUUUGACUGGUAAUAAAACAUAUCAAGAAUGGGGAUGGAACAUAUUUCAAGCAUUUGAAAAGAAUUCCCGUGUGGAGUCGGGAUAUGUUGGACUCAAGGAUGUUAACACAGGUGUGAAAGACAAUAUGAUGCAAAGCUUCUUUCUUGCAGAAACACUAAAAUAUCUAUAUCUCUUGUUCUCGCCUCCAUCGGUUAUAUCAUUGGAUGAGUGGGUAUUCAACACAGAAGCCCACCCGCUAAAAAUUGUUCCUCGUAUUGUGCCUGGAGAAGAACGUAAACCUAGUAACAUUAAUGUUAGAGCGCGUACUAGGAAAGAAGGCCGUUUUGGGGGGUUCUAGGAUCUCUACUAAUGUCAUGUUUUUUUGGGGAGAGGACAACAAGAGUAGAGAGAUUUAUUCGGAUCCCAUUGGCCAUGUGAAGUAAGCGAAACUUGGCGGGGAAUGGGGGUGAACGUUGUACUUGUUUUAUAAUCAUAUUCCUGAUAGAGUAAUUAGUGUGUCCAGAGAGAUAUACAAAUGUAGUUAUGCUACUCUUAUUCCUUUUUAUCUUGAACUAGCAAAUGAAUUAAAAGGAUUUAUUCAUAAUCAUUUUAAAUA